CAAAGGAGACAAUUUAUCGCUUAUGCUGCCCAGUCGCGUCUCGAGAUGAUUGGGGCCGUGUGAAGCCAGCUGUGACCUUUUAUGACUGUCACCCUCUUCGUUUCUGGAUAAUUCGCUCGCUGUUCUGGCGCUGCGGGAAAACAGCGCGCUGCUGCCCUUAUUGUCCGGCGGAGAUUUAGGCUAAAGUGAUAUCUGUUCUUAGAUGGCUUUUGAGUGGGUGGAAGACCUCUUUAUAAAGAAAUUGAUCAUAAGACAGGGCUUAUGUUAAAAUGCAGCUCGUUUUCAUACCGCGGCUUUGCCUUCGAACGCUCUGCGGCCGUAUAGAUUUAGCCAAACGAUUUACUCCCUCACUUAUUUCCCAGUCAUAUGAAAUUAAAUUGGGUUGUUUUUCAUUGAGUGCCCUGCGAUCAGUUGGCGCUGCACCCCGGGUUAUUCCCUGCCUUGUACCCGUAGCCUCCGGGAUAGGCUCCGGACCCCCCGUGACCCUGAAUGGGACAAGCAGUUUCAGAAAAUGGAUGGAAGGAGGAUGGAUGUUUUUCUUUGAAAUGGAAGCCGGGGUUGGCAGAUUUGGUUCUGGUCACGAUGGGUGUUUAGGUCGGGAUCUCAUCUUUUUGAGGUGCGGUGUGUGCAUGUUUGUCCGGUUUCGGCACUUUCGUUCUGGUCACGAUGGGUGUUUAGGUCGGGAUCUCAUCUCUCUGAGGUGCGGUGUGUGCAUGUUUGUCCGGUUUCGGCACUUUCGUUCUGGUCACGAUGGGUGUUUAGGUCGGGAUCUCAUCUCUUUCAGGUGCGGUGUGUGCAUGUUUGUCCAGUUUCGGCACUUUCGUUCUGGUCACGAUGGGUGUUUAGGUCAGGAUCUCAUCUCUUUGAGGUGCGGUGUGUGCAUGUUUGUCCGGUUUCGGCACUUUCGUUCUGGUCACGAUGGGUGUUUAGGUCGGGAUCUCAUCUUUUUGAGGUGCGGUGUGUGCAUGUUUGUCCGGUUUCGGCACUUUCGUUCUGGUCACGAUGGGUGUUUAGGUCGGGAUCUCAUCUCUCUGAGGUGCGGUGUGUGCAUGUUUGUCUGGUUUCGGCACUUUCGUUCUGGUCACGAUGGGUGUUUAGGUCGGGAUCUCAUCUCUUUCAGGUGCGGUGUGUGCAUGUUUGUCCGGUUUCGGCACUUUCGUUCUGGUCACGAUGGGUGUUUAGGUCGGGAUCUCAUCUCUUUGAGGUGCGGUGUGUGCAUGUUUGUCCGGUUUCGGCACUUUCGUUCGCAGGUACCGUAGAAAUUAAAGACCUGGUUUUCUAAUCACUUCAGACCCCAGGAGAUACCUUGUUUGUAGUAGACUUGAGCACAGACUGCUUUACUGGAAUGUUAAGUUAAUGGGUAACAUCUGUAGAAGUAUCUACUAACAAAGUCGACCUUAGUCUGCUGUCAUCUUAAUGCUCCCCUGUUGGGUGGUGCUGUCCUCAGCCAGACUUGCAGGAGUCCUCCUGGUGUUUGCCGUAAGACCUGGUCCUUUGUCAAUCCUGGCAUGCGCUGCCCCCUUUCUCCCACCUUGCCUUUCAGGCUUCCG